ACGAAGCCGACGCAGGAACACCUCCUUCCUCCUCCUUGCUCCAAAAAUCAGAUCUGGAGAGAAAAAAAUCAGACCUACCUGCCCCUAAAAAGGUUGAUUGUUCAUGAUGAUUGAUCUGAAUGAACCACCGCUUGACGUAGAGUCCAUCAACAUUUCAGUCGAGUUGGGUGCACCCUUCUUGCAUGCAGGGGGUGAACAGGAACAUCAACAAUUGGAGGAGGAGGUUGGUGAGUCUCCUGACCCCAAUGUUGGCUCUAACACUACUCAUGUCCCGGACAAUCGUGUUGCCGCUCCCCCACCUAUGGUUGCUCCUGCUAAUGCUUUAGUUCAUGAGGCACAUGAGUUGGAAGAUGAAGAAGCUGGAUCACAGCCACAACAACCUUAUGUUGGCAUGUGCUUCGACACAUUAGAGGAUGCGAGGGAACACUACAAUCGCUACGCUUUGAUGGAGGGCUUUUCAAUCAAGUCAAAUACGUCUUACAGGUCGGCCUACACAGGUGUGGCGGAAAAACGGCAAUUCUGCUGUAACAAGUUCCGCAAACCAGUAGAGAGGGUUGGGAUCCCGGAUGUUCCCUCGUCGAGCAAAAACACUACAUGUCCAAGCUCACCUGAACAAGAUGUUGAAGAUGAUGUCGAGGAACACACUUUCAAGAAGAAGAGGAAACGGGAAACUGUAAAGCAAAUAAAAUGCGGUGCUAAGAUGGUGGUGAAGCUUAAAGAUGACAGAUGGGAGGUUAUCACUUUUAUUGCAGAUCACAACCAUCCAUUGAUUGAGAAGCCAUCGCUUUCGAAAUACCUCCGUUCUCAUCAAGGAAUCCCGCCGGAACAGAAAAAAUUACCGACUCACCUAAAUGACUGCAACUUGACAGCAGGUACAACUCACAUUGCGUUAAGUCUUUUUACCACAGAACUGUUACUUAUUCCUGCAUCAAGUACCUUGACCUGAGCCAACUAUGUUCAUUUUUUAUGCAACUAUGUUCAUUUUUUGGGCAACUCUGAUAAUUAAAAAAAUCAUGACCCAAAACAGAAACACCUUGGUGUUGCCUAUUCCUACCUCAACUGCUUGGGUUUGAUUCCUAUCCUAGUAUAAGCUGCUUAGGAUUCAUGGGCAACCCUGAUCAGGGGGAAAAACUGGCAACUUGAAUAGUAAACUGAGGCAACUAUGUUCAUUUUCCGUGCAACUCUGAAAAUAAAAAAAAGA